UGCCAAUCUAUCCGCCUGGAAGACUCCCGAGAAAUGAAAAUAAAAAUGCUCAAGCACCUGUUUGAUUGCCAACAUGAUUCCCCUAUUGCUCAUAACUGCUUAUAUUGCUCACAAAACUUAACCAGAGAUUUCCAGAGAGCACACGACUUCAAUUCGAAAUGUCAACAAAAGUUGAUAAAGAGAAGAUGCUACAAUCCUGCAUACACUCAUGUCACUCAAAUAAAUCCACAAGACGCAGUGUAACCUUCAGUUCUGAGAACCAGUAUUUUGAGAGAGAACUAAAUGAAGAAGAAAUAGAACAAUUAGAACAGAAAGGCUGGAAAGAUGAAAAAGAAAAGAAUUGGUUUACAAAUUACCUUGCAAAGUCACUGGGAGUAUACUUUGGUCCUGACAAUGAGCCCUUGUUGGAUGAGGUCAGUUUUGAGGGCAUCGCACGUUACCUGGCCAGUGACAAGUGCUCCAAGGUUGUUGUGCUCACGGGGGCUGGGAUUUCCACAUCUGCAGGAAUUCCAGAUUACCGUUCACCCAACACUGGUCUCCUAGCCACAGUCAAGGCAAAAUACCCCAAAAUGAAGGACCCAAAACAACUCCUGGAAUUGGAGUACUUUAUUAGAGAUCCAAAACCAUUCUUCACCUUCCGAAAGGACAUGUUUGCAAUAGAUUAUAAGCCCACUCCGAGCCACUACUUUGUCAAACUGCUGGAGGUGAAAGGAAAACUUCUCAGACUCUACACUCAGAACAUAGAUGGGUUACAUGGUCAGGCGGGGCUGGACCCUGCCAGGAUUGUGGAGGCACAUGGCACCAUGGACACAGCUCACUGUAUAUACUGUUAUAAACACUACACAAAGGAGCAGAUGAGAGCCCAGAUGUAUGCACACAAGGACAGCUUGGUGCCCUACUGUACGGAGGAAGACUGUGAUGGGUUCAUGAAACCAGAUAUUGUCAUGUUUGGUGAAAGUCUCGAGAGGAACUUUAUGGAUGAUGCUGAGGAAAUUGAAAACUGUGACUUCAUGUUGAUCAUGGGUACAGCAAUGAAGGUUCAGCCAUUUAGCAAACUUCCUAUCAAAACCAAGUUCAAUGUUCCAAGGUUGUAUAUCAACUUGGAAAAACCUCAAGUGGCUAGACACCCAAUGACUGCCCUGUUCUUUGGUGGAGGAUAUGACUUUGACAACGAAGACAACAUCAGGGAUGUGUUUGUGGGCGACAAGUGUGACGAUGCCUGCUUCAAGCUUGCUGACCUUGUCGGAUGGGGGGAUGAAUUCAGAGCUAUGGUUCAAGAGGAGAAUGCUAAACGAGGUGUGGUGUGGCCCCCUCCAGUUCAGAAACCCAGCCCAGGACCUUCACACUCAAAGACUGAUAAGCCCUGCCCACCUACACAGUCAAAGACUGAUAAGCCUCAGGCUGCUAAAAAUCAGCCCAAAUCACAGAGUUCUGUUAACAAAAAGACUUUUAGUUCAGGGAACAUAACAACACAAUCAAAGGCAGUAAAAACUCAAAGUAAACCAGACAUUAAGAUUGCAGCAAGGUCAGGAAAGAGAAACACGGAGAAGCCUUGACAGCCGAUGUUAGCUGAAUAUAGAGAGGCCUUGAAACUGUUGGAUGCAAUCAAAUCAGUUCAUAAUCUUGCCUAUUUGUUAGCUAAAAUUAAAUGUGAAAUGCAUGUCAGAUUUUCUCAGGAUAUACAUAUAUUUGUUUUCUUAACAUACAUGUACUUGUAUUUUUAAUGGCCAUUUUCAUGUGUGAUUUUACUUGUUAAGAAUUCUUUCCAUGGUGAAUUAUUAGAACAGUUAAACUUGUUGAAACAUUAAUGUGGUUGCAAUGAUUACAGGAUCAAUAAACCAAAUAUUUCUGUGACUCUUUUUAUAGCACUAAACUGUUGCAUUCAUGCAUAUUGAAUUUGAUUUUUGAUAAGGCAGCAGUUUCUGUAUUUAGCAAUGAUCUCCUGUCUGUGAUAUUUUUCACUUUUGGACCAAAAUUUGCUUAAUUGUUGUUUCUUCAUAUUUGUUACUGUUUGUGUUAUUCCAUGAAUCAUUUUACAGAUUUUUGUUUUCUCUCUAUACAAUGUAUCUUCUGUUUUCAACUGUAUCAAGAAUGAA